AUGUCGACAGAGGCAAAUGCCCCGCCUUUGGGCGAAACCCCUCCAUGGUGGGCAACCCUACCGGAGCCGCAGGCAACCUGUGAAACGAUUGAGAAUUCAGAGGUCAUGCCCCUUUUGGAGAAGAUACUUUCUGGUCCUAAGCACGCAAAGAGAGAUUUUCUUCUUGUUGAUGUUCGGCGGAACGACUGGGAUGGAGGCACCGUGGCUACCUCCAUCAACCUCCCCGCGCAAUCGUUCUUUCAGACUAGACCCGUCGUGUAUCAGCUCUGCAAGCAGGCCGGCAUCGAGAAGAUCAUCUUCUACUGCGGCAGCUCAGCGGGACGGGGAACCAGGUCUGCACGGUGGAUGCAAGAUUACCUGAACGAGGUUGGCGAAACUGAUAUCAAAGCAAUCAUCAUGACGGGCGGUAUCAAAGGCUGGCAUAAGAGUUUUGGUGGAAAAUUGAUGGAGAAUUAUGACGAAAAGUCAUGGGCAACCCAAGGAUAA